AUGUACCAGAUCACAAUCAACAAGAUCGGUUCUGAUACUCCGCCGGUUGCUUUGGCACGCUACGCCGCAUUAGUGAUCAAACAGUCACGAUGGAACGCUUCCACCAAUAUCGUCACCGUCCCGAUCGAAUUGCAGGCAUCCAACGCAAAAGAGUUCCACACAAAGUUUCUGUCGGCCGGCACGAAAGCGCUGAACAUACCCAAGUCCUGUUUUUCAUACCAUAUGGCUCGAUCCAUCAUCUCGUACCACGCCACCGUUGGGAAAAUCGUGAACAGACUCGGAACAUACUUGAUCAAAGGCUUGUCCAGCAAGCCAUCAAAACAGCGAGAAGAAGGCUGCACAAAAACCGAAAACCACCGGAUCCAGAAAGCCGUACACGUACUGGUCCUAACCUUGGAGACAGCUUAUCUUGAGGGAGACGAUGUAUUUGUCGAGACCACGCUCCGGGAUAUUCUUCCGCCAUGGGAGUAUGACCAGGUCCUGUGCGUCCUGGUAUUGAACUCGUAUGGCGAAGCCAUGCAGUACGUCGGAGGUUCAGAGCGCAACUUGGUGCCCGACCGGCGAACCAGCCAAUUUCGGCAUAUCAACGAAGCAACAUGCCGUAUUCUCAACAGAUUCAGGCUAUAUCGCGGAACCGAGACAGAAUAG